AAAAGUACUGAAGACAUUUCCCCCCGCACAACUGCUAAAGCUCCAGAGACGCGAGUGCGCGCGGUGGCAUCGGCGGCGUCGAGAGCCGCCACCUCCGAGACCACCGCAGCGGGGGCGCGGGCGGGGCGCGGGCAAGGGGCGGGAACGCUCAGGGCGCGGCGGGGGUCGGCGCGGAGAAGUCUCGGGCCGCUGCCCCGAGCGCACUCGCAGUUCCUGCGAAGUGUGUCCGCCUCGCGGUUCCUCGCUCGCCUGCGCUCCUAGAAGGGGCGGCCGCCUCCAGGUGACACAGACGGGACUCUCGCUUGUGCUUUCCAGAUGCAUCAGAGAUACUUUUGGACCGACCAAGGCCAAGUGGCGUUCGGCGGGCACUACAUGGCCGAGAGCGAAGGGUACUUUGCCAUGGCAGAGGACGAGCUGACCGGCGGCCCCUACAUCCCUCUGGGUGGUGACUUCGGCGGCGGCGGCAGCUUCGGCGACCGCUGCUCGGACUAUUGCGAAAGCCCCACGGCGCACUGCAACGUGCUGAACUGGGAGCAAGUGCAGCGGUUGGACGGCAUUUUGAGCGAGACCAUCCCGAUCCACGGUCGCGGCAACUUCCCCACGCUCGAGCUGCAGCCGAGCCUGAUUGUGAAGGUGGUGCGGAGGCGCCUGGAGGAGAAGAGCAUAGGUGUCCGCGACGUGCGCCUCAACGGCUCGGCCGCCAGUCACGUCCUGCACCAAGACAGCGGCCUGGGCUACAAGGAUCUGGACCUCAUCUUCUGCGCCGACCUGCGUGGGGAAGAAGAGUUUCAGACUGUGAAGGACGUCGUGCUGGAUUGCCUGUUAGACUUCUUGCCCGAAGGGGUGAACAAGGAGAAGAUCACGCCGCUCACUCUCAAGGAAGCGUAUGUGCAGAAAAUGGUUAAAGUGUGCAAUGAUUCUGACCGGUGGAGCCUUAUAUCCCUGUCAAACAACAGCGGCAAAAAUGUGGAGCUGAAGUUUGUGGAUUCCCUCCGGAGGCAGUUUGAAUUCAGUGUAGAUUCCUUUCAAAUCAAAUUAGACUCUCUUCUCCUCUUUUACGAGUGUUCAGAGAACCCAAUGACCGAGACAUUUCACCCCACCAUAAUCGGCGAGAGUGUCUACGGUGAUUUCCACGAAGCCUUCGAUCACCUUUGCAACAAGAUCAUUGCCACCAGAAACCCCGAGGAAAUAAGAGGAGGAGGCCUGCUUAAGUACUGCAACCUCUUAGUGCGGGGCUUCAGGCCUGCCUCCGAGGAGAUCAAGACCCUUCAGAGGUACAUGUGUUCCAGGUUCUUUAUUGACUUCUCAGACAUCGGAGAGCAGCAGAGAAAGCUGGAAUCCUACUUGCAGAACCACUUCGUGGGCUUGGAAGACCGCAAGUAUGACUAUCUCAUGACCCUCCACGGAGUGGUAAACGAGAGUACGGUGUGCCUGAUGGGACAUGAGAGGAGGCAGACUUUAAACCUUAUCACCAUGCUGGCCAUCCGGGUGCUAGCUGACCAAAAUGUCAUUCCUAAUGUGGCUAAUGUCACUUGCUAUUACCAGCCGGCCCCCUAUGUCGCAGAUGCUAACUUUAGCAAUUACUACAUCGCACAGGUUCAGCCAGUAUUCACAUGCCAGCAGCAGACGUAUUCUACUUGGUUACCCUGCAAUUAAGAAUCAUUUAAAAAUGUCCCAUGGGGAAGCCAUUUCAAAGAUAGGAAAAUGAAAAAAAAAAAGGAAGAAAAAUUAUAAAACAACACCAAAAAGGGGAGUGACCCAGCCCUAAUUAGGGAUGUGUUUUGUGCACUGAGGACUUGCUCCCGAUUUUAAAGUUGGCAAUGCUUGGGGAUCUUUCCAUACUUAGGGGAGCAUGAUCUCAACUCGUCACCCUCUCCACCUAUGGUCUCUACCCAAUCGGAUUAUAUCUCGAAACAAAAAAGAGGCCUGUUAGGGAAAGCAGUCAGAUUCUCCCAAAAUAACAAGAGAAUUAAAAAAAAAAAAAAAACGGCUUGAUUUUGACAAUAUGGGUUUGCAGCAACUACUCCCAUAGCUCUGCCAUAGGGAAGGGGAAUGGUGGGGAAACUUUUAAGAUGGCAUUCACAAAUGGGAAAAUGCUGAGGAAGAAAGCCUUGCCUAUCACUUGAGGAGGUCAGAAAGUGACCGGGGAAAGCAGGGCUACUGGUAGGGAUUACCGUCUGUCUAGCAGCAAGUGCUCCCUUUGGAGUGAUCCUGUUUUCCUCACAGAAACAGCUCAGUCCAAAUGAACGGUAGGCAGGUUGACGCUGUCCUCGUAACAAACAGCAGAACUUAAGGAUGACACAACCCCUUGAUUCCAGCUCCGUGCAAAGCUUGCGUUCUUUUUUUCUUUCCCUUUUCUUAAAUGUGAAGACCCAAGCAAAAACCAGCUGUAGCCAAGAAAACGUGCGCAAGGACCAAAGAUUUAACAGAUAAAAGUUCCCAAGCAGAAGAGAUAGGAUAGGAUAUAUAAAGAGUUACUAUAUUUGUUACACACCAGUACACAUCAAAGUGCCUGUUGCUUUCAGAAGAUUAGAAGUGGAAAAGAUUAUUUUAUGGUUUAAUAAUUAUUUUAUUUUAUCAGGGACUCAAGAAAAAAAAAGCAACAUAUUAAGCUUGUGAAUGGUGGCAGAAAUGCCCUAUUUUUUUUUCUUUUUUGGCAAAUACCUAUAUAAAGUUGAUAUUGUUUGGUGUGAUGUUAUAGGUACGUAUAUACUGUUUGUGUGUAUACACACACACAUAUGUGAUAUGUAUGUAUAUAUACACACACACUACUUUGUCUAUGACCUAAAAUAAUGUAUCAAAGAGGAAAAAGUUUAAAGACAGCGAUUUUUAUGUUUUUGGGUAGGAUCUUAGAAGACAUGGGCAUACUGCAAUGAUGGCGUAAAACCCAUAUAAAAAUGAGACAAAUGGAGGGACGUGAGUAAUAUAUUUGAUAGGAAAAGCAGAGAUUAUACAUUUCUAGUGAGUUUUUUUUUCUUAUUUUCAGUGAACCAGAGAACUUCACAAAUGGGAGACUUCUUGGCACCACACUUCUCAGUUGCCUUGACCUGACAUUUUGACAGUCUGAGUCCCCGCCCCUUAAAUAAAUAGAAUCACAUGCCUUCAAGGCUUAGAACGUAUGGAUCAUGGAUCAGAGAUAGGAUAAUUAAAUCCAUAACUGCUCAAAAAAGAAUUUCUGGAACCUAAACACUACUUUUAAUAUUUAAAUGAAUGCAAAUGAGCGCAUUCUGCAUUUUGGACCACUAGAAUUUAAUAAAUGUGAAAUGACCCUUUUUAAAGAGUAUUUGCACAACUACAUAAAGUUUAUAUAUAGGAUAUAUAUAUUAUAUAUAUACAUUUUAUAAAUUUAUCCAAUAUGAAAUAUGUUUGAUCUGGUUGUCACACUGCAUAGAAAUAUUUAGUACUGUACCUUAAAUUAAAUCACUUUGUAUUUGACCAAACCCAACUUUCAUUUUCUCUCCCAAGAGACCAUUUGUAUACCUUUGUGACAUGAACUGAUCCUCUCAUGUUCAGUGACAGCUCAACUUAACUCCUUUCCCAGCCCUGUAGACACUGGUCUCUGAAAAAAAAAAUACAUUUCAAAAGCAAAGCAAAUGCAUUAAAAACCUUCCUUUCUUGUUGUGAAACAAUCACACAGGGUCUGGUCCCCUUGAACCUUCAUGAAUGACUGCUAAGUAUGGUAAUUCCUCUGCAGAGCCAGUCAGUUACAGAGAAGCUAGGGAGAACUUAACACUCUCACGUUGGCAAUGAUGCUAUCUCCCAGCACCUCUCAGCUUCUCAUGGCCACAUUAGUCCAGGUUGAUGUGUCUGGACCACCCUUCUGUGCACCUGUAUUUGAAGCCUUACCAGGAAUCAGAUCGGCUUGAUGCUAGAGCCUCCCUGUGAAUCUUUACCAAGCUGUCACAGCCUCCAACACUGCCACUCUCUUUUAUAGAGAACUGAUCCUACCAUGGUGGUCCAGUUUUCCCCUUCACUGCCCUGCAUUUGAAAGAUCAAUUUCGAAGUCCCAGGAAACAUUGUUCAGCUUGCAGUUUAAGCCUGGAACUCACCUAUCAGAAACCACAGUCUAGCCGGCUUAGCUCUCCUGCAAGUUCUCCUGGACUGCUGGUGGGGCAGAGGCUCAUCUGGUGACCUGGUUUCUUCUCCUGCUAACUCUGCAUAUAUGAGUUAUCCACUGUUUUGAAUAGUCUGGAGAUCUUGGGCUCUGCCAUAGUAGCAACCUGCUGUUAAUUUUCAGCAGGGGUUUUUUGUUUGAAAGGGGCCUUAUUAGAAAAUAUGUCUUUCAUUUACUUGUCAAGUGUUUAUAUUCCUUGCUUGCUUACUUUAUGGCUGGUAGCUUAAUCAAAAGUGCCAGCUCAUGGCAAUCAGAUAGAACAGGCUGUGUUCAAGACAACUUUUGGCAUUUACUUUAACCCUUAUAUAAUUUAUUUCUAUUUUGUGCAUACUAUAGUCCUAUGCAUAUGUAGGUGAACAUGCAAUGGAAUAUAUGUCUCUCUUUGUGGAUGUGUGGCCUAAAAAAAAAAAAUCUGAAUGUCAGAGCAAAGAACAGCUCUCUCUCCAUCUAACCAGUGCCCACGGUUUGUUUGCUCUUGUGUUUAUCUGGCCUAGUGCACUGUUACUUUGAAACAGGGAGAAGUUUUGCCUUCUGGAGGUUCUGGCAUGUCAGAGAACACUUAGCCUGUGACUCUGUCCUUUUAUAAAGUUUACUCCAUCCGCAGUAAAUUCAGCUGCCUCAAGAACUCUUGCAGGGGGACGGACUUUCGAAAGUUGAAUUGAGCGCUUGCGCUCUUUGGUACAGUUAGACUGUUUUGAUCUGGGUCCAAAAAACCACGAGGAUGGGCGGCAUAUUCAAGCCAAGAAGGAAGUGAAAUGAAACGUGAACAUACUGUUUUUUUUUUUUCCCACCCCUUCUGUUUGCUGACGUUGGUUGCUUUACUGUGCAUAUCCUUGUUUUAAUGCAAUGCUUGUUAAAUAAAUAUUGUGAACUCUUUUGUAAAUGAAAUGUAUUAUGUUAAAAGCUGUCAGCAGCUGUCCAAAAAUAAGCUUUUGUUGUGAAAGAAAAAUGUGUGUUAGAUAAAAAACAAAACAAAAAAGCCAAAAAAAAAAUCCUGUUUUCAUAUAUAGCACCUAUUUGAAUAUACUCUUUCUUUAAUAAUUUCUUUUAGCAUCACCAUUUCAGUGCUGUGGAGGGAUCUCCGUGUCACGUGUUGUCAUGGUAAUGGCUUGCUGAGAAAUAAGUGAUAACCUUACAAAGUGGGCGGUGACGAGGGGCUUGGGAAUGCUUGCUGCAAGGCUUCACAGAAUGUAAGAGGCUAUGUUUACUGUUGAUGCUCCCUCCCGCCUCCCUACAACCAUUGCCUGCUCUGAGUUGUCCGACUACAGCAAGCUGCACCCUGGGUCACCCUUGGAAUGUUUUGACAAUUGUGUGUCACAGGCGGUAAAAGGAGUUGACGGAAAAUGGACUCUUCAAAACUGACAUGUUCGUAUCAGUGCUAGAGGGAACAGAUUGUGAAUUUUGUUUACAGCAUCCAAUAUUUGGAUUUUUGUUUUUGUAAAUAAAAAGAAGUUAUUUUUUUCUAUUGA